AAGUUUCUAAUUAGAGCCUUUGCUCACUUUUUGGAUUAUUUAUCUCCAAUUCCAAGUUUCUCGGGAUAUUUUGUGCUUUUUAAGGAAUUUGGUAGAAUUAAGGAAAUUGGUUUUGAGUGAAGGAAAACCAAGAAAUAUUUUACUAUUCUUUCACUUUUCUAGUAUUGAUUUCCCUGGCCCUUCCCCAAGCCAGGCAACAUCUGUGGUAACAUCUGUCCUUUCCACAGUUCACAUCACAGGAAUUUUUCUUUCCCAGGAAGCUGAAAUGGAAAGUUAGCCCUAAUAAACGAGCACACACCCUGGCUGUACAUUUUGAAACCUGUGUUUCUUUUCGGUCAGGGACUGGUUGGUCAGUUUGUGUUUUGGUUUUUGUUCCUCUGUCUUUGACAGAGGUCGAAGGUUGGUUUCCUUAUCUCGCCCACCCCCACCCCUCCAUGUGUGUCACAACUCUUGCUUUGAGUCUUCAUCUUGGAUCUCAUGGUAUUGUCUUGCACUGAAAACUGGAGGAUGCCAGAGUUCCAAGCCCAAAGACUUGGAUUUGAGCCCUGAUUCUGCCUCUGAUGAGACAGGAAACUUUGGGCAAGUCACUUCCUGCCUCUGCCCGAUGCACCUGACCAAGAGCUUAGUUAGGCAAUUGUGGGUGGGUGAAGACUAAACAAAUAGGAUACCAGGCAGGGUGUUUAUGUUUUAUACCUUUACUACCUUUUAGAAGAUGAUAUUUAGGUAGGAAGCGUCCUGUAGCAGUUUCUGACAGUUUUUAAGGUGUCAUCAGUACCUUGGUUGAAUAACUCAGUCUUCUUCAGGGUAUUGUUUGAGAAAGGGGAACAAUUAGAUGUCAUCAGUGAGAAGGGAGCGGGUGAUACUGAGAGGACCGCCCCCCCUCAAAAAAGCCAUGGCAAGGAGAGAAUCAUUAAGUAAUGACCUUAUCGAUUAGCUCAUGGGUGGGAAGAAAUCUAAAUUGAAAAGGUAUAUAUAACUUGGUUGUCUCAGGAAAAUUCAUGUAUAAGAAUUCUGAUUUACCAGGCAAAUUAGGAGUUUAUUCACUUAUUCACCAGACAUUUAUUGAGCACUAAGUGACAGCCCUGUGCCAGGCAUAGUUAUUUGUGUUAGAAUACUCUUUCUUUUUAAUUAGGUGUCCCAUAUAGAUUUACCAAAUGAGAUUUAUAAACACAGGUCUGGAAACUUGUCCAAGUCACCUAGCAAUAAGUGGUAGAUGUGGCCUUUGAAUGCAAGUAGUAUGACUCCAGAAUCCAUCAUCCUACCCCCUGCUGUGCUGCUCUGAGGAAGAAGCUGUAUGUAGCCCAAAUCUGGUAGGGAGGGGUUCCCCAGGGCUGUUGUUUUGGUUCCAGGGCUGUAGGCCGUAGGCCCCUCCUUUAAUAAGCUCCGUGGUACAUUUGCGUGUGUGUGUAAUAGUAUAUCAUAAUAUGUCAUAGUUUUAAAUAUAAUUGAUUCAUUUUUCACAAGUUCUAUGUUUGUAGAUUAACUAACAUUUAUUUGUAACACCAAAGUUAGUACUCGUACUUUUGCAGAUAUGUGCCGGGUGGCAAAAAUUUGAGUUGCCUGAUGCACACACGCCAAGCUGAGGUCAGACAUGGUAACGCUCUGCCUUCUUAUUUCAGCUCAAACUUAUUUAAUGGCAGGGGGUUUGUUUGGGUUUUUGUUUGUUUGUUUGUUUGCAAUUUUUGCUUUUUGUUGGUUAUUUCUCUGUUUAAAAUGGCCCCCAAGUGUAGUGCUGAAGUGCUGUCUAGUGUUCCUAAGUUCAAGAACGCUGCACUGAGCCUUAGAUAAGCUUCGUUCAGGCAUGAGUUAUAGCGCUCUUGGCUAUGAUUCAACAUUAAUGAAUCAAUAAUAUAUAUUUAUUAACAAAGGUGUCUUUAAACAAAAACACAUGAUCAACUGAUUUUCUGACCAGUCUUAGGAACCCAACCUUGUAUUUGCUUGAUCAGUUAUGGUUCAGCAUUUGCUACUUAAAGUGUUCUUGGUGACUCAAGAACAUGCCUACUGUGAAUGAGAAUCAGUUGUAUGUAUAUGUUUGGAGAGUGAGUGAAUAUGCAUGAGCAAGCCUAACCUUAGAGAUGUGUUUCCUAAAGCAGGAAAUUGUACUUUGUGGCUAUGUUCCCUGAUGCUUCAUUGUACCUGGAGAAUCAAGCAGCUAGACUGAUCAGUCCCAUUUUAAAUGGAGGCCCACAGAUGUCACACAGGAACCCAGCACUCCCCACCUAGCCUUAGAUCUUCCCUAGUAUAAUCACUGUCCCACUUUCUAAAAGGUACUUCUACAUGUCCACUCUCCUUAGAUCCCCAUCCCUAGCCCCCACCCUAGCAGGUUACUGUGUCCUAGAAUAGAAAGAAAGCAGAAGCUUCAGGCCAACCCCUCAUGCCCCCUCCCCGCUUCAUCCACCAGCCCAGGGCAUGGACAUGAGCAUCAGAGCCAGUGUGCCCUGCUUUCCCUCCUGGUACAAUGUAGAGCCCUUCUCCCCAUUCUUCUGGACCUGCCGUUCCCUCCCUCAGCUAGCAGCUCUGGGGUCUCCCAUGGUGAAACAACAAAACAGAAGCCCUUAUCUCCAGGUUCUCUCUCACCCAUUUCACUCCCUUCUCAGCCAUAUGCCCCAAGAGCUCUCUGUGUUCACUUCUACCUCUCUGCCCUCAUCCCUGUCUAAGUUUUCAUCCCAUCACUCCACUGAAAUCCUUCUAGUCUUGCCAACUCCAGCCCUUUGGUGCCCUUCUAUACAAUUUUCCAAACUCCUCUCAGCCUUCCUGACAGUAUUGCCUCCUGCCUUUGCGUCUUUCCCUUGCUUGCUUCUCUGCUCAUCCCGAAUGUUGGGGUGGCUUGGAAUGUCUUAGUGUCAUCUGUCAAUACUCAGACCCCAGGAUCUCAUCUAGCCUGUGGCUUUACAUGCUGUCCUCACCAAUGCCUUCUGGGUUUGUGGCUUCCACUUCCUUUUGGAGCCUCAGACUCAGUCCACCUUGCCUACCUGAUACUUCACCUUGGAUGUCUCAUGGGCACCUAGAACUUAAUAUAAGAAAAACAAGUUCUUUGCCCCCUAAGCACAUUCCUUCAUCUUCCCACCCUGGUAAAUUGCGCCACCAUUCAGACAGUUGCUUGAGCCCCUAAGCUAGGAGUCAGGGUCAUCCUUGGUUCCUGUUUUUCACACUUUCUCCGCACACCCAUUCAUCAGCAUGUCCUGGGCCUGUUCACUCUCAUCUCUGCCUUGUUCAUCUCAGUCCAGCAUCUCUAGCUUGGAUGGAUGUCGUGGCCUCUUUCUACUUAAGCACAUCCCCUCCCCCAAAAAAUCUGUUCACAGCAGCCAGAGUGAUCUUUUAAAAGCAGAAAUCAGAUCUUGUCACCCCUCUGUUUUAAGACCCUGAUGGCUUCCCUUACACUUUAGUAGGAGCUGCAAGGCCCAGUUAUCCAGACCUGCCUCUUGUGCCCUGCUGUGCUCACUCUUGUUCCCAAAAGCCCCAUCUCUGGAACCUGUUCCUGCCUCAGGAACUCUGCACUUGAUCUGCCUCUUCUUCUUCUGUCAGUCAGCUUUCAACCCACCCACCUACCCACCACCACUGUUCUGUUCAUUUUCUAACAGCACCCAUUAUUUGUUUACUUAUCUACACCCUGCCACACCAGCACCUCCCUCACCCCUAAACUCAACUCUGAGCUUUGUGAGAAUGAAGACCUUAUUUGUCCUGCUUUUUGCUGUACCCCUAGUGCCAGCACAGUGCUUGGGAUGGAAUAAAUGCUCAAUAAAUGUCAGUUAGAUGACAGUGCAAAUCCCAGUGAUUGAAAGCAAAUAGGUAAGUUGUUCAUGCCUGAAAAAAACUGCUUCUAUGACAGGAAGAACCUAAGAGUAGAUGUAUAUAGUUAUAUAUAUUUGUCAGGGACUGCUAAAGUGAUGCCCACAGUGCAGCAUUGCCAGUCGAGGAGCUGCCUAAAAACCCCAGACCACCAGCACACACCCCCGGAGACUCUGGUUCACCAUAGUUCAGGCCCCAAGUACGCAUUUGAAUAGAUUCCACUGUGGAUCCCCCCUGCCCCAUGCCUUGAGAAACACUGGUUUGGAGCAUAUUAAGUGUCAUUACUAUUUUAAAUUCACUUCUCUACUUCUAACAUUUAUCUUUUGGAAAAAUAAAAAAUUGAGUUAGAGAAAUGAUGAUGUUGACUUUUGGAAACAGGAAUAUAAAUCUGGUUUCCAGGCUACAUGGAAAGAGCUGUGUGGAAAUGUUUCCUUUGGAAUCAUCAUUGGAAAAAGGCAUGUUUUCUCUUCCCCUUUGGAAGUUAAGUUAAAUGUUUACUAUUGGGCAUACUGGACUGAAGUGGGCUAUAAUUACCAUAUAUUAACAUAUCUCAAUAAAGAGAAUACCCUUAGAAAUUAACCUGGGGCAAGUCCUAUGAGGCAAUACUCAGUUUUCUUAUGCCAUAGAAUGUAGCAAAUGUUUAUUGAAUACCAACUAAAUCCAAAGGAUUCCUAAGGGCACUUUGUUAGGCAAUGGGGAUGAUAGUAAGCAAUACAGACCUUGCCUUCAAGGAGCUCCAGAUCUGAUCACGGACAGACAAAAAGGCCAAUGCAGUGUAGAACGGUGCUGUGUGGGCAUGUGACCCAGGCCUCUGGCAUGAGGGAGGGCUGAGCUGAGCUCAUGACUAGUUCAGUCAUGCAGGACUACUAAGAAAGCAAGCUGAAGAGAGAGCAGAUGCCCUGCCAUGGUUUCUAAAUCACGUUAAGGGGACUAGAGUUGAUUCCAGGGAAACUGAAGAGCUGGGGGUGGAAUGUGGAGACUUGAGGGGAGUUUUUUACUUUGCAGUGUGAAAAAUAGGAAGGGGAAGCUCUUGCAGUAAUGCAGAUUGGCCUGAAUUAGCAUAGAGGCCACUGGGGACAGGGAGAAAUGGGGGUGAUUCCAGAGACUUAGGAGAAUUCACAGGACUUGAUGGGGGAAGGUGGAGUCGAGAAUGACAGCAGACCUAUAGUGUCACCAGCUGGGUGGAUGAUGGAACAGCUUUUGAAGUGGGUGAUUCAGGAGGUGGAGCAGGUAUGUGAGGGGAAGAUGAUGGAUUCAGCUGUGGGCAUGGCGAAGUUUGGGAUAGGCCCUGCCAGGCUGGGAGGAGAUCUGGGCUAGGAGUCAUUAGGCUUCUGAAACAAAGGUGAGGCCAGUCAGGAGGAAAUGAAGAGCGGAGGACCCAGACGGAACCCUGAGAAACAUCUAGGGGACAGACAGCAGAGGAGGAACCUGCACAGGUGGAAAAAAGAGGUGGAGUCACCAAAGCAAAAAGCAUUUCUAGAUGGAAGGAGGGGUACCCAAUAACAGACAAGGCAAUGGCUGAAAUAUCUUCUGGAUGUAACGAUACAAUGUUAGUGGAGUGCAGAGGGCUGAGGAGGAAAUUAAGGAAGUGAUGACAGCUAUUUCAUGAAGUUUGGCAUGAAGUGGGGAAAGAUGGUAGCAGGAGAGGUUGGAAGGAGUCAGGCUGAAGAGGAAUGGAGACUGAGGAGGAAAGGUGGGUCUCAGCAGGGUCAAGGAAGAGGUGGUGAAUUGAGUGAAAAAGGUUGAGAACUGAGUGAGAAAGCAUCGGAAAGAGAGAUACUUGAAUUUAAAAUUUCACAGAGUGAUGACAAGGGCUAGGCCAUAGGAUUGAAUGGCUAAGGGGACAACUGGUGUGUCAGGGAACUGGAUACAUUGUCCUGUCAGCUAUGUGGCUAUUCUAGAUAAGACCUGGGAUGGAAAGGAAAGCAGAGACCACAGUCUUCCUUGAAUGAGGGGGCAUGCAUUAAUGAGGAAGACUAGCAGGUGGUUCACCACUGGGAUAUGACUCAAAGAAUUGGUCUUUUUCAAAUGUAGGGUAGCUGAGGCCUUGGGAGCAGAAGCAACUUGCCAAGAUCAACCAACUAGGGAAAUAACCGCCUAAACUGUAGCCUGGACAUCUGCUGGGUGGCUAGUACUUGUGGAUCUUUACCUGAACCUCCUUGCCCUCUGUGUAACACCCACUCAAUCACUUGGGCGCCUGAGGAGGCCCUCCAACCAUUAGUACUGUGAUUAUUCAAUCUCUCUCCUUUCAAAAUGGUGCCGUCACCUUCCUCAAUCUUCUAGGGAUAAGAAAAGCCAUUUUCUGUGUUUCAUAGGAAACUAGCUCUGACAAGCACUGGUAAUUAUGACAUGUUUUGCUUCUGCCUAGGCCUGCUGGAUAAAUACUUGGGGUGGGGGCAUCGCUGACUGGAAUAGGAAGCUUUGUAAAGGAUAUGCACUCAGGCUUCAAGGCUCGGAGCUCAACAAGCAAAUGACAUCGUUGCUGAAAGAAUUCUCAUGUAUGACGCAACUACUGUAGUUUACAGUGUUUUUCUUCAUGUUUUCCAGGUCAUUUUAGGAAGAGCUUGAGGUUUGAAAGCCACAGUAUGAUUAUUUUUAAAGGAUUUUGCCCCCUGAAAUUCAAACAACCCCUUUUGUGUAGUCAUGGGGGUGGGGCAGUAAUCAGACCCCAGGAUUUUCCUAUAACCUUUGUUAGGGAGGUAACCAGAGGGGGAACCAGCUUAGCCUGUUUUGUGUCCUCCUUGAUCAAAAGGUAUCAUUUUUGGAUAAAUGUGUCACCGUUCAGUGCUGUUGUGACAUGAAAAAAUCCUAUGUAGGGCAUGCAGGAAGGACAGGCAGUCUGGCACGGAGGGCUGAUAUGAACCCAUCUCGCCUUGUAGUGAAUCAUUCAUGUGCACUUCCUGAAAAGAACCUUCCUGUUUGAAUAUCUCGUAAUAAAACCGGGGAGUUCACCAUUACUCGUGAGAGAGUCCUUGCAGCAGCGAAUGAAAGGGGCUGGGUCACCGCAGAAACACUUUCACCCCAGGUACCCUGCGGUCUGAGAACACUAGAACAGCUCCGCGUGCGUCCACCAGGGUUAGGAUCCCGAGCUUGCAACAUCUGGGUUAGGUCCUCGAGGGUCUCGCGGGGUCUGGGAGUGUAGGGUAUGUUUAUGGGCGACCAGCUGACAGACUGGGCUUUCGCUCUGCAUAGUGCCACUAUCCACCUAGGCAAACUCGGGCGUAGCCGCCUGGCCGUUCCCAAACAGCCUGCCCUUCUACCCCUUUGCCCCACGCUACCCACCUCACUCUCGCCCACCCUGCAGUCUGAUAAUGGAUUCCCUGUUCCCUUUUCUUUCAGGGUGCGCCCUUUUGGCCUCUUCCUACCCCUCCACACGACCAAUGACCGAUUCUGGGCUUCCUUCGGGGCUCACCCUGGGAACCCCGCACUCCCAUCUGCGCUCAGACCCACACACCUCGGUCCGACAGGGCCUACCCUGCCCUGGACUUCCUGGACAGACCCGGGAAACAAACAAAAACCCCACAAGAUUUGACCCGGAGAGCAUCCUUUGGAGCCUCUGCCACCUGACAGAAAUAUCGGACUCCAUCUUGUCGCACCCAACCCCCUGUCAGAGCUGAGUGUGUGGGGACCAGACUUUGCCCCUCCCCAAGCAGGGGAGGAGGCUUAGCACAAGGUCCGGGAACCCUCUGCGAUGCCUGAGUGUGUCUCUCUCCCACCCCCAGCCCGGCUCCCGUCAUGAGUGCCGAGCUCAAUGUUCCUAUGGACCCCGCCACUCCUGCCUGCUCUGAUCCUGGCCAUAAGGGUAUGGAUUACCGGGACUGGGUCCGCCGCAGCUACCUGGAACUGGUCACCUCCAACCACCACUCCGUGCAGGCCCUCUCUUGGAGGAAGCUCUACCUGAGCAGGGCCAAGCUGAAGGCCUCCAGCCGUACCUCCGCCCUCCUCUCAGGCUUUGCCAUGGUAGCCAUGGUGGAGGUGCAGCUGGAGACGCAGUACCAGUACCCACGGCCGCUGCUUAUAGCCUUCAGUGCCUGCACGACGGUGCUGGUGGCCGUGCACCUCUUCGCCCUGCUCAUCAGCACGUGCAUCCUGCCCAAUGUGGAGGCCGUGAGCAAUAUCCACAACCUCAACUCCAUUAGCGAGUCACCGCACGAGCGCAUGCACCCCUACAUCGAGCUGGCCUGGGGCUUCUCCACUGUUCUUGGCAUCCUGCUCUUCCUGGCCGAGGUCGUGCUGCUCUGCUGGAUCAAGUUCCUGCCUGUGGACGCGCGCCACCAGCCCGGUCCGGCACCUGGCCCCAGUGGCCACACGGGCUGGCAGGCCGCUCUCGUGUCCACCAUCAUUAUGGUACCUGUGGGCCUCAUCUUUGUGGUCUUCACCAUCCACUUCUACCGCUCGCUGGUGCGCCACAAAACUGAGCGGCACAACCGUGAGAUCGAGGAGCUGCACAAGCUCAAGGUGCAGCUGGAUGGGCACGAGCGCAGCCUACAGGUUGUGUGAAUCACUUCCCCGCAGGCUGGGGGAGCCUAUGUUUGGGGGAAUUUCAAAAAUGAAAAUUGCUCACAAGGCUGCCUAGACACUGCCAGACUGUUCAAGACCAAAGUUUUACUCCUGUCUUAAUGCUGUAAAACCUGAAUGAUUUUCCUUCAGAAAAUGGGAAUCUUUAAACAAGAGACUCUGUUGCCAAAAGCUUAGGGCAAAGAAAGGCUGAGUCCUUGGCCCUGGGGAUUUCCUGAGAAAGGAGGCAGGGCUCCCACCCUGUGGUCAUCUCAAAGAUAUGAAACAAGUGGCCUGGGAUGCAGGAAGCCUGGGGAAGGCCCUGAGAGUCAGGGUAGAGUUGUGAGUUUAGAUAUUUGCCCUGUGACACCUCCAGUGGGCUGCAUGGUAGCCAGGUGGCACGUCUGAUAGUGCCAACUUUCUGUGAUUAGGCGGGGACUAUGGCGAUUAGAUGGGGCACAGGAUUAUAGCUGGGCCUGGUGCUUCCCUCCCCUGUUCUGAAGGGAGUUGGGUGGCCUGGCUUGUAGGGAAGGCAGGAGUCUGGGGCACAUGUCAGCCCAGCAGGUGUGGUGCAUGCUCCAGGAGGCGGCACACUUAUAGGGCUUGGGGGAGGCUUCUAGGGUGGAGGCCUGGCAGGGUCAGGGAGGCAUGUCUGUGGACAUCCUAUGUGAGAUGCCCACUCGAGGAGGCUAUUAACUGAGGGGUACUCCAAGGCACACUGGGCCCAAAUGCUUUCUUCCCAGCCAGGCUGGAACCCCUGGCCACAUUGACCCAGCAAGGCCACCAGGUUGAGAAGGGCCCACAGUCCAGAGGCCUCCAUCUCCUGGCCAUGGAAUGCCCCCUGAGGCUGAGUCAGCUGCCCAUCUGAGUUGUGGCCACAGAAAGUCAAGGGUACUCGCUCAGGCAGCAGAGCCUGCCCAUCUUCCUGUUGCCCGUAGUACCAGGCAGCAGGAGGGUCAGCCUAGGGGACUUACUGUCUAGACAAGGCUGUUGACCUGUUCUGGUCUGUGGGUGGUGGCACCAGAGGCCAGUCGUGGCCAAAUGCGGGUCCUGCUUGUGACACGGAACUGCAGGAAGGCACAACCCCACAUAGUGCUCCUUGCUGGGCCCUCCAGGCCUCUCAGCCACACACUGGGGCCCAGCUCACACGUUUACUGCCAUGUGCAGGCUGGAUUCUGGUGUUUUCACUAAGGGCAUUUGGUAGCCUGUGUUCUUGGGCUGUUCACAUACAGGCUGCAGCUCAGCUUUCCUGUGAGCAUGCUGUGCCCCGAGCUGCUUUUAAAAACUACAUUGACCAUGUUGGCCAGCAGCCACCUGGAGGAGGCCUUUUCAUUUGUUUUCACAAGUCGUCAGUGGACUUCAUGCUCUGAUGCUAAUAUCUCUGUAGGGCCUGGGUUACCUGUGUCAAGAAAUCCUGCCUGACCCAGCUGAAGUUUCUGGGAAUGUGACCUACUGGUGAGAACAUAAACCUUAACAUGUAACUCUGAAAUGCUGAGGGACAUUCUGGGAACUGUGCUGAGAAUCACCAGUGUCAGUGAUGACACUUAUGGGAAGCCUGGCCAUGGUGUCCCACCGGGCCAGAGAAGAGUCCUGGCGUCUUUCAAAGGGCAUGUCCCUUGCAUCUUCUGCAGACAUUUGUCACGACUUGCUUGCUCUCUAGUGCAUGUUUCCUCUUUCUCAGAGCCCUGUUGAAAAGGCUUAUCUGGUUUACUGUUUGCUUUGCAAAAGAAUGUCAGCGUCAGUGCAAGACAGCUAUUUUGUGUCUCGGCAGUGACAAGAUAGGCUCGCUCUUCCCCAAUGCUGGGAGCAGGCAGCAAGCCCUUUCUCUGGCCUGAGUCUUUUGAGAGUGGCCAUGCUGGGCUCACUCUUGCCACCCACUUUCCUGGGCCAUCUGGUGCCCCCGCCCUAAGUGUGCCCGUCCCAGGGAGUGCCAUGCUUCCCAGACUGGAAAGUACACCCCAUUGCCAGUGGGGGCCAGCCGUUAUGCCUGAUCUGCUGGGCAGCGCUUUUGGUGUGGCCACAUCAAGAGUCAGACACUAGGUGUCCAAUGACAGUGCCACAGGGGUAGAAAAGAUGCCACAUACCAUGUUUAAACAGAUUGGGAAAAUAACAUUCUUGUAAUUCUUUGUUCUCUCAUCCAGCACGCUUUUCCAGUUCUGGCCUUUCUAGAGGCAUGAGGCAUUUCUGUGGGAACAUAGAAGACCAUGUGUCUUGGGGUUGGUGAUAGGUGGAGAGGACGCACAAGCUCAGUUUAACCCCGGAACUUGCUAGAUGGAAGAUAAGCUGCUAGUUGGAGCUGCAGGAACAACUCAGCAGGGCAGUUUGGAGGAGGGGCUGGCAAAUUAUAGGCUAGAAAUUUGGAUUCUGGAGGUUUAACCUGAUUGCGGAGCAUUCCAGUACAGUGGCCUCUGUGGUGAAGCGCCUUGGGCUGCCCUGGGGCCAGCGUGGGCUUGCCCUAUUUCCCUCUGAGCAGAGCCUUCCUGGUGCUCAUAAAACUUACGCCUGCAGAUACUGAGGCCCAUUCCAAAGUGGAACACAGUCUCCAUUUAGUACCUGACUAGAAGUUUCAAAACUCAAGUGUUUCUAUUUUAGAAACUGCCAGGGUAGAAGGUAUUUUAGUGUCUUCUAGGAAGGUCUGUGGAGGAUAAAACCGCACGAGCCUGCGUGUAUCGGAGGCUCAUCUGCAGUCCUUGCCUGCCUUGUGCUGAUUCAUUCAUUAUGCAUGACAUUGUGUAGAUCAUGUAUGGUGUGCAAAACCCCUGUCCUGUGUAUGGAUUUUUAAAACAGUUGCCCUGGAUUGAACUGAAUAAACAAGCUAUGAGUCGCUCUUUCUGCUCUGGAA